UGAGAAAAAACAAUUUACGUGGACACAAAAUGUGAGAAUAUUUCAACAUGACGCGAUCUGAGGCUGGAAUACUGCUAAUUUUGGCGCUGAAUGCCGCCGUGGCAUCUGGCGGAAUGUCUCGCCUGUUCGAGGACUUGCUUCCCUAUUACUGCGAGGACUCGGAGGACGUAUACUGCCGACACCGGGGCCUGGCCGACCCGAGGGCGCUACUGCUGAGCGUCCUGCGCAAGCAGGCAGAGUUGCAAGACGCAAACAGUGGUUCCAUUCCUCAACAGAGUUCGCCAGGAGAUCCAAUUGUGGUAGACAUCGAAUGCGACUUCAACCCAUCAUCUCUCCUACCAAUACCGUUUCUAUGCGGCUGGAGUGCCGAAAAUAAUGAUGACAUCAACUGGGAACCGGGCAGCAUUCUUUACAACGGACUCACCGGCGAAGAAGGACCACUGGCACUUACAGCCUAUGCCAACUCGAUACUUAACACCCACACCCUGACCACACCAGCGACGGCAAGCCUGUUGACCCCAGUAAUCGAUGGCAGUACCGAUGACAUCAUAUUUGCCGUGAUUGGAUUCCAGUACAACCUUCGAGGUACCCAAGACAAUUGCAAGCUCGAGUUGAGGUAUCUCCGGAAAGAUGGCGCUCGUCUAGCCCUCUGGUCUUCAGUAGACGAAUUCAUAACCGGCCGAUGGGUGACGGUGGAGCUCUCUGAAGUCUACCCACCUAUACCGUUCCAGUUGGCGUUUGAAAGUACAUUGUCUCCUGGUGCAACGACUAAGCCUUUCGCUGCCGUAGACGACGUUAAGUUACAGGUCGGAGCCCUACCCCUUGUCUACGACUGUGAGGGAGGCACUUUGUUCGCAGACACCUGUGGCUUUUUCGACGUAGAUGGCAGAUGGUCGCGCUGGUCUGGAUUCAAUGCAUCGGCCGAGGGCAAAGGCCCAAAAAUUGACCACACGCUGGGCACAAGUUCCGGUCACUUUUUGAUCAACGUAAACACCCGAUUUUCUGACGGUGAAGCACGGUUGAGGACACCCUAUUACUAUCGAUGGAGCAGUGAAGCGACAUGCACGCUUCGACUUUACUAUCAUGCUAAGACAUCCGGGGACAUGGGGGUCUCAGUCAGCGACGCGUCUGGGAGAGAAGACGUGUUUCCCGUCCUGUUGGAUUACACAGAAACGUGGGUGGAACAUGACAUUGAUCUGACUUCAGUCAUUGGGAAAUAUCGUAUCACAAUUAACGUUACCACAUCCACUGGCGAUGAUAAUUACAUUGCAAUAGAUGAUGUCCAGUUUCUGGAGGACGAAUGUCGAGGUAGGAGGUUUUGUUCCAGUUAUCCAUGUCUAAAUAAUGGCAUCUGCUGGCAAACCUCGCCCGAAGACUUCAGAUGUAAUUGUACAAAGGAAUUCGAAGGCUUUGACUGCAGUAUCAAUGUGGACGAGUGUAGCCGUGACCCCACACUGUGCGCCUAUGACUCUGAUAGAAUCUGCCAAGAUGCUUCGCCGGGUUACCAAUGUGUCUGUAAGCCGGGAACCAUGGAAUACAACGGCAAGUGCAUUGAAGCUUGUACCGAAACCACAUGCACCAGAAAAUACGAAGUCUGUCUCCAGAACGACAAUGCGUUUUCCUGCCAGUGUCAGUAUGGUUAUGUGGAGUCUGGUGACGGGGAGUGCAUCAGAGAUAAAUCCGAGGUGAAAUCUGGCGUGGCCCCGUACACGUCCAGGGUCAUCCUGGGUACCUACCUCGGGGGAAGCCUGCUGGCCGUCGUGGUGGCUGCUCUGGUCGUGGUCUCGUACUUUGCACUUUGCGAUGAGGACGAAGACGGCGACGAAUGGAAACCAGACCGUGUCGAAGCCAACCGCAGCAAGGAGGCGGACGCACCGUACGUCUCAGGCCUGGGAGAGCCCGCCACUAGCAGGGGCCAAUGAAAACUAACAGCAAGGCUGGCCUACCUUUUAGCCUCGCUUACCGGGGGCGUCUCGCCGUGGCAUUCUUCGUUGAGGGGUCAGUGAAUACAUUUGACUUACGACUUACGGGGUUUUAGAACUGGUUUUAAGUAGCCCCGUGCUUUGGACAAUGCUCAGGAAUGCAUCAUUUCACAACUGAACAUUUCAGGCUUUUAUGCUCGUUUGGUCAUCGAGAGUUUAGCCAUGCCUAAAGUUGCGCUCACACUAAAAGUUUGGAAUUUCCGGUGUCCACCUUGUACCUGAUAUUAUGCACGUUUAUGAACACAUUCUUCCAAGCUCCAUAUUAUCGAUGCAUCAGUGUCUUCGAAAAGGAAAUGCGCACCACUUCUCCACUGGUAAUCCUGUCACAAAUUUGCGCACAACAAAUCGCUUUAUUGUAAUGUCACUUGAACCAUGUAAAUACAUUAAGGUCAAAUACAAAGUAUAAAAGCUGCCCUUUUCCUUUUCAGUAGGCCUACACAACAUUUAUACUACUGUCGAUUGGAAUGUUAUUGUACAUGUUAUAACAAAUCAAAUAUUUGUCAGUGUUAACAAGAGACAAUUACUGUAAUUAGUACGGUAUAUAUUGCUGAACUGCAGUCUGUUUGAAUUCAAAAUCGAAAAAAAAGCUUUAAUGAUAGUGUAGCAGUUGGAAAAGUAUAAUAUUUAUGUUAUAUUUCUUUAUUAUGUGAUUAUUUUAUGUUAUGUAUUUGUACUUUACAGUGUUAUAACUGAAUGUAUUGACCCCUUGUGAAAAAUUAUUUGG